AUGAAGAGCGUCAAUGGUAUAUCUAAUUUUUCAGUGUGCCAGCCGGGUUGGUACCGCAGCAACAGCAGCUGCUUACAAUGUGCGUCCGGAACUUACGCAGUUCGGAACGACAAUGGAUCCGGUGUGCUCUGCAUCGCAUGUCAUUACUCCUGCCUAUCUUGCAAAGGGCCGAGCGACGCGGAUUGCGUCACCUGUCACGUGGAUUCGGUAUUCACGUGGAACGACGGUAGGCCGCUGUGCGUGCUGAGCAGCCUGUCCUGGAAGAUGCACUCCACAGUGUGGUUCUACAGGAUGACCAUGAUUUUCUUUGUCAAUUUAAGCUUAAUGACUAUCAUCGCUAUAUAUCUCGUGUCCUCGUGGUACAUCCGCAAACACAAAUCCGCCCACAAGUACAGUAAAGUGUCCUACGGUAACGACGAGGUUCACGCAGAGCAAUUGCAGGGAAGCACAUGUGUCUCCGAUAGCGAGUGA